UGGAUAAAUGAGCCGCGGGCUCCCUCCCAGCCCUCCCAGCAGAAGCUGACAGACUGAGGCUGCCCUCCAUUGAGCUGGGACUGGAUUCGGGGACCUGUAGACUCAGCCAAGGCCACACUGGGGCCAAGGACUGGAGGCUGCACUCAACCAGGAAUUCUUAACCUCACGAGCCUGGGGAAAGCCAUGGCUUACUGCUCUGUCCCCACAAAAUGACACACACAGCGCUUGUCAUACAGUGUCGGGGUACAGCACCCCUAGACUGGGUGACAGCCUGGUCCCCUCCAGCGCUGCCCUUCUAGGAGCCAGAGAAGCCCUCCUCCGGCUCCACCCUAAGUGCUUCCUGCCGCUGCAGACAAACAGACCACAGUCUCAUGAGUCUGAUGCACAGCCAGGUCUUGGGAGGCCUGGCAGGAGAGGAAUCUUCUAGGGGUGGGAGCCCUGGCCAGGCCUGACUGCCAUAGGGGCCCCUGGGGCCCGUGCACACAUGUGGUGAGCUGUGAUGUUGGCCGGACAGGGCUGGGAUCCCAAGCAGGGGGCUCGGGGUCAGGAUGCACGCAAUCAGCGCCUUAGACACCCGGGGAGGUGCGGAACCAGAGCGUGGGCAUGGAAGUGGCAGGGAGAGCAGGGUCAGGGCUGGUGGGGGACUAGGAAUGUCCCCUUGCUGAGCAGGGCAGGGUAGGUUCUGUCCAUUUGCCAAGAUCAGCCCUGGAGCCGAGUUGGAGGUCUUGUCCCUUGGCACUCGAACAUUCAAUAUCUCUCCUAAGUAGUUCCUCCUCUAGACUCUGGGCGCUCCAUAUGCCUGGCUUCUAUUUGGGGUGCCUCCUUCUCCAGGCUGCAUGGGGGGGAGCGGGGGGCGGGAGCGGAGGUGGGCUCGGCAGCCCCGGGUUAGUGCCCUGGGAUACAGUUUGCCCUCCUCUUCCAGCUGUCCUCUGACACCAGCCCAGCCGCCUCACAGAGUAGCCAUGAGAGCAGCCUACCUCUUCCUGCUAUUCCUGCCUGGCCUGCUGGCUCAGGGGCAAUAUGACCUGGACCCACUGCCGCCAUUCCCAGACCACGUCCAGUACACCCAUUACGGUGACCAGAUCGACAACCCGGACUACUAUGAUUACCAAGAGGCCACUCCUCGGCCCUCUGAGGAGCAGUUCCAGUUCCAGUCUCAGCAGCAAGUCCAGCAGGAAGUCAUCCCGGCGCCCACCUUCGAGCCAGGAAACGAGGAGACGGAGCCCACAGAGCCAGGGCCUCUGGACUGCCGCGAGGAGCAGUACCCGUGCACCCGCCUCUACUCCAUACACAAGCCCUGCAAACAGUGUCUGAACGAGGUCUGCUUCUAUAGCCUCCGCCGAAUGUACGUCAUCAACAGGGAGAUCUGUGUCCGCACAGUCUGCGCCCACGAGGAGCUGCUCCGAGCUGACCUGUGUCGGGACAAGUUCUCCAAAUGUGGGGUGAUGGCCAGCAGCGGCCUGUGCCAAUCCGUGGCGGCCUCCUGUGCUCGCAGCUGCGGGGGCUGCUAGGGUGCAGCCGGCACCCGAGCCCCGGCCCCUCCUCAGAUCCGGGGCCCUCGGGCCCUGCCUGACCUGGUGCUUUCCUUCCCGCCUGACAUUCCUUUUAUUCUGUCAAAAGUUAGUGGACUGCGGCCCAGGGGGUUGUCUCAGGCCCCUCCCCAGGCUGUGACCACCCCAGAGGCACAAUGGGGCUCCCCACUGCCCAGUCUUUACCCCCAGGUGGGGGGCAUCCGGGCCUCAGUGGGACUGGGCCUCCCAAGUGCCUUCUCCACCCCUGAGGUAGGCUGUGCCCCUCCCCCCAGCUGGUCUGCUUGGAUUUCCUACAGCCCCUGGGCCUAGACCACCUGUUUUAUACAAAAUUAAAAACAAAUUUUU